UAGAAGAAACAGAAGAAAAAAUUUCCCCAACUUCUCUCUUUUUAUUCUGGUAUGGGGAAGUCUGUGGGGGGGUGUUGGGUGUAAAGCCUAGUUGGAGCGAGCAAACCAGAAGAAGGAAGAAGAAGAUAUAAAAAAAAAGUAUGUAUGCAUACGCAUAUAGGUCCAAAGGUUUUGCCAUUUUUGAUCUCUCAUUCACCACUCUCUCUCUUCUGUUCUUUCUCGCUUUUCAGGAACAUUAGUACACUCACCCACGAAGGAGGAUCAGCUCUUAACCAAGAAGAGAAGACAGAAGAAGAAGAGAGAAACCAGAACUUAUAACAUUUAAUAUAUAAAGAUAGAUACGCUUGUUUAGAUAUAUAGAAUAAUACAAAAAAGGAGAGAAAGAGAGAGAGAGAGGAAGAAGAAAUGGGGAGAGGAAGGGUAGAGCUGAAGAGGAUUGAGAACAAGAUAAACCGUCAGGUUACUUUUGCAAAACGAAGGAACGGACUUCUUAAGAAAGCUUAUGAGCUUUCGGUUCUCUGUGAUGCCGAGGUUGCUCUCAUCAUCUUCUCCAACCGUGGCAAGCUUUAUGAGUUCUGUAGCAGUUCUAGCAUGCUCAAGACCCUCGAUCGCUACCAAAAAUGCAGUUACGGUGCAUUGGAAACCAGCCAACCCGCCAAGGAGACACAGAGCAGCUACCAAGAAUACUUGAAACUCAAAGCAAGAGUUGAGGUCUUACAGCGUUCUCAAAGAAACCUUCUUGGGGAAGACUUGGGUCCACUAACUACGAAAGAGCUUGAGCAGCUUGAACAUCAGCUUGAAAUGUCCUUGAAGCAAAUUAGAUCAACAAAGACCCAAUUAAUGCUUGAUCAGCUAUCUGAUCUUCAAAGAAAGGAACAGAUGCUCCAAGAAGCAAACAGAACCUUGAAAAGGAAGCUGGAAGAAAGUAGUUGUGAAAAUCCCCUUCGGCUAACAUGGGAAGCUGGUGGGCAAAACAUUUCAUAUAGCCGCCAGGCUGCUCAAUCAGAGGGGUUCUUCCAACCAUUGGAAUGCAAUUCAACAUUGCAAAUUGGGUACAACCCUGUGGGACCAGAUCAAAUAACUGUUACAACCCCAACCCAGAAUGUCAAUGGCUUCAUUCCUGGGUGGAUGCUUUGAGUUGUGAUUUCCUGAGAAAAAUCUAUAUUUUCUUGUGGAGAACUUCCAGGUAGAUGGGUUUUAUUGGUAAUUAUAAUCUGGAAUAUGUAAGUUGUAAUUUUCUAAAAAUGGAAAACAAUAAAAUGAAAGGCUUUAUUAGUGUAUGUAACUAUAAAGACCAAGUCAAUACUGACUUUGAGUUAUUCAGAGCA